UCUAACUUCAAUGGUAUUAUUUGGCAUUGAAAACAUUAACAAUGUCGUUGUUUAAAACUCGGUCGUUUUGGGCAACACAGAGUGAAGAUGAUGAAUAUUUUGAUCAAAAUUCAAUGAUCAUAACACAAUUAAAUGGUGACAGUGAUUAUAUUAUAACUGGAAGUCAAAGUGGAGUUUUAAGGAUUUUAAAACCCUCCUGUACAGUAACUGAUAAUGAGUUGAGUGGGUUUGCACCGAAUGAUUUAGUGAUAGAGAAGAUUUUUGAUCAGCCAAUUUUGCAAGUUGGUUAUGGUAGACUUGUUUCAGGGUCUCAAAAUUACCAAACUGCGGUGCUUAGCCCUAGACGACUAUCCGUUCACCUCUUAAAAAUUAAAGAAGGUCAAACAGAACACGGAACACAAAAUACAUUUGAAACAUUAUACGAACAUCAUCUAUUAAGAUCUGCUGCCAACUUUACAAUAGGCCCUUUUGGGGGUUCUCAGAAUAGAGAUUUUAUUUGCGUUCAAUCAUUAGAUGGCAUGUUAAGCUUCUUCGAGCAGGAAAAUCAAACAUUUUGUUGUUUUCUGCCAGAUUUUUUGCUACCUAGUCCAAUGGUAUACGUGAAAAAAACUGACACUUUUCUAACUUUAGACGGUAGUUGGAAUAUUGUUUGUUACAGGUACAACAGUUUAUCCGAGGUAGGGGAACGAACUGAAAAUGACCCACAUGCUUCAUCAAAAAUAGCACCUCUUUGGUCUUAUUUUUUAGGAGAACCUGUAAUCGAUAUAAACACCGUAGAAGAUGAGUUUAACAAAAUAUCAUAUAUAUUAAUUCUCGGAGAACGAAAUUACUUUUGUAUAUACGAAACCGGAAGACUGACUUUUAUGAAGAAAUUAGAAUAUUCUCCAAUAUGUUUUGAAGUAUACAUGAUAAAAGAAAAAGUAUUCUCGUUGAUAGUUUCGGAAACAAGUGAUCUUCUUGUAUACGAAAACACCAAAUUGAAAUGGUCAGCGAAGCUCCAAUUUCUACCAGUGUGCCUUAAACGAGCCUUCCUAAAACAUGUCAAAGGUUCCCUUGUACUUCUUUCAGAAGAAGGAAGGUUGGAAUGCUGCUAUUUGGGAACUGAACCCAGCCUAUUCGUAGCCCCUCCAUUAGCGGAGAGGGAACUAGAUCUGGAAAAGGUUGAAGACGAAUUGAAAACACUAAACGAGAGAAUUAGAGAAUCUUACGGAAAUGAUUUAAAGUUUGCCAAUCAAAAUCCAGAAAAAGAAAUAACGAUCAAAAUCCAAGUUAGCAAGGAUUUAGUACCUUGUGUUUAUGAAACAAACCUAAAAGAUCCAAAAGAUCUUCAGAUGUGUCCAAUAAAAGUAGAAGUAACACCGCAGAUGGCCUUUGAUGAGAUACAGAUAUCAGUAUCAGCUUCAAAACCCAUUAAAAUAACACCAGACAUUGACUUUCAUCUGCAUCCUGAAGAUACAAUGGACUUUGAAUGUUUCGCUUUCUUAUAUGAAGAUUUGGAGGUGCCAAGUUUAACGGUGAAUGUCAGUGUUACGGUGAUAAGUUCCUUAGGUAUUGCUAGAAGUUUUAACAAAUCUGCCAUGUUACCCAUUAAACUGAUUGCGGAAUCUUCUACUCCCCAAAAAGACGGAAAUCAUAAGAUUACCCUUAGCGUUACUCAAAAUGUUGUUCCCUUGUUAACCUUAUUUCCAGAAUUUGGCGAAGAAACUAAGACCAGUAACGCCAUAGCGUUCAAAAAUUUUUACGAUAGUGGGCAACCCGUGACAGUACUUCUUGCUAAAUCAUCAGACCGAUAUAGGAUUCAAUCGUCAUCGAUAGCUUCAUUGAGUUGUAUCAUUGAACAAAUAAUAUUUCGUUUGAACAAUCAUUAUCGGAACGUUGAUGAGUUCAAAGUUGUUUACAGUUCAGCUUUGCCUUCAACAGAAGUUGUUUUGUAUGUCAAAGAACAUUUCAGCAGCAGGCAAGAGGUUAGCAAGUUGGAAACUUCACUACAACAACUAGGGCAACAAUUUAUAAUUAUUCAAAAACGAUUAAUUUCCAAGUUUAAAGUUAAAAAUCCUACUCCAUUAACAAACUUAGAGGUUUUAAUGAAAGAUACAUACAAUGAAAUCGACAAUACUAUUCAAAUGUUAAAUAAAGCCAACAAAAAAUUAACAAAAGCACAAGUCGAGCUUAGUUGUGUUUUAAAUUUAAUAGAAAAUUUAAUAAAAAUUAUGGAUAUUGACAAUAAGAUGAAGGAAGAAAUAGUAUCCAUAUUUUGUCCUAGUGUUGACGACAUAGAAAGUCAAGACUGGGAAGAUGUGAUGGAUGCCGCUCUAAGUUAUUUGUUGAGAACCUCAUUGGCAAAAUCCGAGAAAGAUAAAUUGAGGAUUUCACAGUCGAAUGUGGAAAAAGUAACAGAUAUAUCAAAAAUGGAGAAACGUCUUGUUCAAGUACUAGAAAGAAUUUCAAAAAUAGAGACACCUGAAACUGUACAAGUGGAGAAUGAAAAUGAAGAAGAAGAAGAAGAAUUGUCAAAACCAGAAAUAGAACAUGAAGAUGAAAAACCUAUGGGAAGUCAACUCGGCCAAGCAAGCAUGCGUUUAUUGUCAGCGAGAAGAAGUUUAUUAAGAAAGCGUCACAAAAAUGAAGAAGAAUAAAUAAAUAUAAUCCUCACAAAAAGUAUGGCAUACAUUAAUUGUGACUAUAUGUUUUAAUUAUGGUAUAUAAUAUAAAUUCCAUAUUUAA